AUGCAACAGAAGACCAGAUCCCGGGAUUCCUCCUCCCCGGCACCGUGGUCAGACACGGCUGCGUUUGAGACCGGGCAGGGACACGUCAAGUCCUCGGCCCCCACUGGUUCUGAGGAGUCACCUGCUACGGAGACUGAGCCUACACCAGAUAUCAUUCCCGAUCCCCCCUCCGCUGUCGAGGAGUCUGGGGGAACCCUCUCCCCAACUCGGGCGGCCUAUGAGAUUCCUGCAGCAUCGCCACACGAGGCACGACCCAUUCCUGCUCCUGGGGUCCAAGCUGAUCCACCAUCUGCCCUGGACUUACCAGCACUGCCUCCUAAUCUGGCCCUGACUCUGGGUCUACCGUUGGUGCCUGCUCCAGGGCUCCAGUUGGUGCCUGCUCCAGGGCUCCAGUUGGUGCCUGCUCCAGGGCUCCAGUUGGUGCCUGCUCCAGGGCUCCAGUUGGUGCCUGCUCCAGGGCCGUCCUCUGGUUUCUGCACUGGGGGCACACCACGUGCCUGCUCUCCACUGCUGGGGCACAGCCCACCUCUGUGGGGGAACCACCUCCAUGCCUGCUCUCCACUGCUGGGGCCUGGCCUGCCUCAGUUGGGGAGCUGCCGCCGCUGGGCCUGCUCUCCUCUCUCCUCCCAGGUGCAGGGUGGAUGCCCGCGGCAGUGCUCGUGCCCCACCUCACCGCCCUCAUGCCCACCAGGCGUCAGCUGGGUGACAGACUCCUGUGGCUGCUGUAAGGUGUGUGCCAGGCAGUACAACCAGGACUGCAGCCCUAGCCAGCCUUGUGACCACAUCAAGGGCCUGCACUGCCACCUAGGGUCUGGAGGAGAUCCGGAGACAGGACUGUGUCGAGCUGAGGCCAUGGGUCGUCCCUGUGAGCUGAACGGCCGGGUCUACCAACACGGGGAGGACUUCCAGCCCAGCUGCCAGCACCAGUGCAGCUGUAUGGACGGCGUGGUGGGCUGCAUGCCCCUGUGCCCACACCAGGUACCACUACCAGGUUGGCACUGCUCCCGGCCCCGGCUGGCCAGGCUGCCAGGACGCUGCUGCGAGGAGUGGCUUUGUGACGAUGACAACCAUAUCAAGGAGGACUCCAGAGAGGUUGACCACGCUCCACCUCCUUCCCCACCCCAGCACCCUGAUCUUACCAGCAAUGAGCUGCUCAUGGCUCCCACCCCCUGGGACUCAAGUGCUGGAGCGUCAUAUCAAGAGUGGAUCUCCUCCCCCCAGUCCCAUGCCUUACUUCCCUCAACCUGCUUCCUGCAAACCACUGAUUGGUCGCCUUGCUCAGCCACGUGUGGGAUGGGCGUGUCCAGCCGAGUAACCAGUAGCAACGCUGAGUGUCGGUUGGCCAGAGAGACACGACUGUGCCAGAUCCGGCAGUGUGAUCUUGCCCUCACCCCUUCUCCCAAGAAAGGGAAGAAGUGCCAACGCACAAUACGUCCUCGCAAACCUGUCCGGAUCAAGUUCAGCGGCUGCUCUACAGCGCGCCAGUAUCGUCCUCGUUCCUGUGGUUUGUGUGCCGACGGCAGCUGCUGCACUCCUUCUCUGACGCGCACGGUGAACCUUCACUUCCGCUGUCCCGGAGGCAGGCAGGACUUUACCCGUAGCGUGAUGUGGAUCCAGCGUUGCCGCUGCAGCCAGAGCUGUCAAAGUCAAGGGCUUGCCUCCCCGGGCUCUCUCAGUCUGCCUAACGACAUCCAUACCUUCUCCCACUGA